UGAGGGAGGGGAGAACGCGUGCGACGUGCACGCGGGAGUCGACGAGUUCGCUCACAAUUAAUCAUCCGAGGACUUUUCGGAGGAAUUUCGAGAGCGAACCGGACGGAUGUCGAGUUUCCACGAGGUAGGCAGGAGGCGCGCGCGUCAAAGGACCGCGGGGAAAUGAGUGGUGCUGAGUCGAGCGAGUGGCCGCGCAGAAAUAUGAUUCCAGCAAAAUGAGGAGGACGUACAACGCUGCCGCGGACUCCAGGACGACGGAAUGCCUCGAGCUCGCGAGGAGGCUGUACAGGGCAGUAACCGAUCUUGCCAAACGGCUCGACGAACAAAAGAGUCAGGCGUUAACCGUGGUGGAUGUGUUUACACCUUCAGGAGAAGUUCUUCGGACGAAGCUUAGAGAUUAUUGUGAAAGAUUGAUCUUUAAGGACCCUCUCGGUCAUGCCCGGAAAACAGAGGAAGUAUUGUGGAGGAGAGGCUUUUAUGAUGUCGUGUCCGCGGCAAAGAAACUGCGAAAGGGCAAUGUUUGGAGCGAGGCAGAUAAAGCUUUAUUAUCGGCUCAUCUGGCAGUGGGUGUAGGAUUUUACCAUCACUUGAUUCUAAGACUGCAAUUAGAAUGCAAUCUCGAACUGGUCGGUGCUAUUGAUUUUGCGUAUCCUCAAAAUGAAAGUGGUUUGUCUAGUCUUAGGAGCAAAAUCGCUUCUUGCAAAUUACAUACUGAAGAAGUUAGACAGUGUGCCGUGCGUCUCAUUCAUCGGAGUUUAAUAUGCCUUGGGGACUUGGCGCGGUACAGGCUCGACUUAGAUCCCAAUUGGAAUCCAAUGAUUGCAACAAGGUAUUACAAAAUGGCUAUAGCUAUCGAUUCGAACGUUGGAAUGCCCUAUAAUCAAUUGGGUACUGUGGCCGGCAACAAGAACUUUGGCCUUGACGCUGUUUAUCAUUAUACAAGAUGUAUUUUAUGUUCGGAGUCAUUUGAAGGAGCCGAAGGAAAUUUAAGACGAGCUAUCGUAACGCAUUCGUUCAAUGGAAACGAGAAGACUCUGCAACAUCGAUGCGUUGCAAGACUGCUGUCACUGUUGGAACAAUGGGACACCGAUCCUCCAAAUUUCAAUCGAAUCAAUCAAGAGUCGAAGGAUCUGUUGGAGGACAUCGAAGAGUGUUUGAAUGCGGAAAAAUUGAGCGCCUGUGAUGAAAAACUCAGUAGCGAUGAAAACAGCAUCGAAGCAUAUCUGCAGAAUUGCAGAGACGAAGUGCCCCUUUGGUUGCACGAUGACAUGGUAUUUAAAAUCGUUGCGACAUGUCUAAUGACCAUAUCGAAGCUCCAGAACAAAGAGUCGUCAGAGGUUCAAGGAAUUGUCGCCUUUAUUUUGGCUUUGUUGUCGCAGCUGGUGCAAUGUGUAAUAUCCAGACUGCAGGAAUCGGUUAUAAGCAUGGCUAUGUCUAAUGGGAAGGGGUUAAUAGAUAGUAAUUCUUGCGACAUGGAGAUUCUCAAUGUAGAGGCGAGCAAACAUAUUAAUGAUGAGACAAAUUCAAAGGAGAGCACCAGUGACGUGGACUUGAAUGACAAUAAAUAUGAAAUCAAUAAGAAUGAAUGCGUGAAAGAUGAGAAAUCAUCGUCAAAUGGGGUGAAGAGGUUUCGAGACAAAUCGAAAAGUAUGUUGACUAAAUUGCGUCGUCCUCGAAAACGUAGAAAUAGUUCAGAUUCCGAUGCCAGUGACGUUGAUGGCCCGACGUUGGGAUCUUCCAGUGAUGAAAUUAAUUCCGAUAUCUCCGAAACAGAGGAGGAUGCCCUCAGUGAAGAAAAUGCAUUGUCCGAUGCAUUGUCUGAAGACUUGACAGAGGAUGAAGGUGUUCCGACAAGUAACAAACCUCUUAAUCUGGAUGUUGUUGCUAAUAACUGCACAGAUAACAGCCCAGAUAUAGACUCCAAUGCAGAGCAAUUGAAUCCUGGGACAGAGAUCUCAAUGACGAAUGGUAUGCAUGAAGAGAAUGAUAAUCAAAGUGAGGAAAAACUGGAUGAUAAAGAUUCUACGACAAAUUCUGGCAAUGCUGCAGGGCUCACUACAAAUAUAGAUUCUUGCAGCACGUAUGAAGACAGUAGUAGCUCUUCGAACACCAUAGCAUACAUCGCUCUGUUAAAAAAAGAGAGAUUAGAUCCAACCGAGAUUUUAAAUUACCUUGUGGAAGAAGGUAUACUCGUGUCUAUUAAAAUUUGUUAUGAUUGGCUCAAAGGUCAUCCAGAUAUUAUAAGAACGUGUGCGAAGAGCAUGAGGACGCUGAUGAGUCGGGUGGUCACGCUUCUAAAUCUUGUUAACCUAGACACCGAUGUGCUUUUAAAUAAUUGGAACGAAGAUUCUGUAUUUUUGUCAAGCAAUACUAAGCUCCAAGAGUCCGCUGACGUAGUUCCUUUACCAGAGGAUGUAGAUUUAAGAGGGUUAGCUAUUCUUGAACAUGCUCAUAAAAGGUUAGACUGGAAGGUAUUGUACAAAUGCAAGAUGAAUAAGAAGGAGGAGACACUGCUUCGGACCUUGAAGAUGGUACAGUUUGGACAGUACCUCUGCUCCAUAGAAGAAGUUGGAAUACAAUAUGACGAGGUUAGGAAAGUGUUUGUGAUGUUGGAUGCAAAGAGCUCGGAUGCAUCGAAGGACGACACUAAUGGAUUUGGGAAGAACGGAGAGGGAGAACAUUCCAGAGGAAAGCUCAUGCGGCAUAUGGGAAGACUUUGGUUAAAAGCUGAGGUUCGAGCUUUGGAGAGCAGACUGAGGUCACGAUUUAUGUCACCCUAUUUGGUUCCUGACCACGAAACCCUGGCAAAGCACAUACCAGCUAUCAAGCGUCUGAUCUAUGCGAAGAAGUUUAUCAUCGUCAUUCCAUCUAUCGUGGUGUCCGCUUUGGAUGAGAUGAAACGAACAAGUGCUCACGCCAGAGAAGCCUUGAGAUGGCUGGAAGCUCAACUGAGAAGAGGUUCUCGAUUCCUAAGAGCUCAGAGACCUCACGAAAGGUUACCACUUCCAUUAAUCAAGGGACCUAAGCCAAAAGACAAGGAGGCUUGGUUAUUCUUCCAAAUUAUCGAAUGCUGCCACUAUCUCACCCAGCAAACCAAAGUUGGCUUGAACACCGACUCCGAAUCACCAGUUGUCACUCUGCUAACCUGUUUCACUGCGGAGGAGAAGAAGUUGUUUUCAUUCAGUCCGGAAGGAUUGGCAAAAAGUGCAGGUGUGAAUAUUGAGCACAUCGAGUCCUUCCAAACCAAGUGGAAAGCAUCCAGCAAGAGCCACGGAUGAACUGGCCAGUUCAUCGGAGAGGAGCAUCAGCCACUUUCUCGAGUCAAGGUGACGAUCACUGAUGUACGCCCUUGAAGAUGAGCCCAGCAGACUCCAGGUUGCUCGGUCGAGUCCCAGGGGUUGGAAACCCCCUAAAGAAAACCAACUGUCGCCCUGAAGUGCAUGGGAAGAGAGUUCCCACCUAAGCGAGGUCACAUUUUGAUUAAUAAACUGGUUUCUUUCCAAACGA